AUGAUGUGCGAGGUGAUGCCCACCAUCUCGGAGGACGGGCGUGGCGGCGGCGGAGGAGGCGGCUCGUCGUCUCCCGCGGGCGGCGGAGGAGGGAUGGGCGGCGGGAUGGGAGGCGUCGGCGGCGGCUACGGCAGCCGGGAGCCCCGGGGCGACGAGGGGGGCAGCACGGGCAACCUGGAGUCGCUGAUGGUCAACAUGCUGACGGAGAGGGAGCGGCUGCUGGAGAGCCUGAGAGAGACGCAGGACAGCCUGGGCACGGCACACCUGCGCCUCCGAGAGCUCGGCCACGAGAAGGAGUCCCUGCAGAGGCAACUGUCCAUCGCCCUGCCACAGGAGUUUGCAGUGCUGACCAAAGAGCUGAACGUCUGCCGGGAACAGCUGCUGGAGAGAGAGGAGGAGAUAGCAGAGCUGAAGGCAGAGAGAAACAACACACGGCUGCUGCUGGAGCAUCUGGAGUGCCUGGUGUCGCGUCACGAGCGCAGUCUGAGGAUGACCGUGGUGAAGAGGCAGGCCCAGUCUCCGGCCGGGGUCUCCAGCGAGGUGGAGGUCCUCAAAGCCCUCAAGUCCCUGUUCGAGCACCACAAAGCGCUGGAUGAGAAGGUGCGGGAGCGGUUACGAGUGGCUUUGGAGCGGGUGUCCGCCCUGGAGGAAGAGCUGCAGUCCUCCUCUCAAGAGGUACUGUCUUUAAGGGACCAAAUCAAAAGACGACAGCAAGGACUAGACAACGGCAAAGAGCGGCUCCCCAACGGGCCGUCCUCCAUCCUGGACGACGGCGACAUCGACAGACAGAGAGAGGGCGAGAUCGAGCGACAGCGGUCAGAGCUGGGCCAGCUGAAAGAGAGACUGGCGCUCAUGUGCAGACAGGUCGGUGAGAUAGAGGAGCAGCUGACGUCCGCCAGGAGGGAGCUGACCCGGUCGGAGGAGGCCAACCAGAAGCUGCAGAGGGAUGUGAAAGAGGCGCUGUGUCAGAGGGAAGACAUGGAGGAGAGAAUCACCACAUUAGAGCGCAGGUACCUGAGCGCCCAGAGGGAGGCGACGUCUCUCCACGACAUAAAGGAUAAGCUGGAGAACGAGUUGGCCAGUAAAGAGUCUCUCCACAGACAGAGCGAGGAGAAGAACCGGCAGCUGCAGGAGCGCCUGGAUGAUGCCAAGCAGAAGCUGCAGCAGACUCUGCAGAGGGCCGAGACGCUGCCUGAGAUAGAGGCCCAGCUCGCCCAGAGAGUGGCAGCGCUCAACAAGGCGGAGGAGCGCCAUGGCAACUUUGAGGAGCGCCUGCGACAGAUGGAGGCGCAACUGGAGGAGAAGAACCAGGAGCUACAGAGAGCGAGGCAGAGGGAGAGGAUGAAUGACGAACACAACAAGCGCCUCUCCGACACGGUGGACAAGCUCCUGUCCGAGUCCAACGAGAGGCUGCAGCUCCACCUGAAGGAGAGAAUGGCCGCCCUGGAGGAAAAGAAUGCCUUAUCUGAAGAACUUUCCAACAUGAAGAAACUCCAGGAUGAUCUCUUGGCAAACAAGGACCAGCUGAUAGCAGAGCUCGAGAGGCUUCAGUUGGAGUUAGACCAGCUGAGAGCCCGGCCUGGAGGCUCCUAUUCCAGUCGUUCUCUGCCAGGCAGCGCUCUGGAGCUGAGGUAUUCCCACGGAGGCGGGUCCCUCCCGGCAGGCUCCACGACUCACCUGGAUCCCUAUGGCAACGCCUCCUCCGGGAGUGUGGUCAGGCGGAGUCACCGGGCCCGUUGGAGCUCCGCCCGGGAGGACUCCACCAAGUACCCAGACUGGGAGAGCGGGGCUCUGCUGGCGACCGGGUUCGAGGCAGGCGUGGAGGUGACCUGCUCCGACGACGAGGAGGACAGGGAGACGCUGUUUGGCUCGGAGCUGCUCUCUCCCAGCGGACAGACGGACGUCCAGACCCUGGCCAUCAUGCUGCAGGAACAGCUGGAGGCCAUCAACAAGGAGAUAAAACUGAUCCAGGAAGAGAAAGAGAACACGGAGCUGCGGGCCGAGGAGAUUGAGAGUCGGGUCAGCGUGGCUUUGGACGGUCCACCCAUCCCUCCGUCCUCUUUGGGAAGAGACAGUACAGGAAGGGGCUUCAUCCCCUCGUCCAUCACGUCCUCCACCCUAGCCUCCCCCUCUCCCCCCAGCUCUGGACACUCCACCCCUCGCCUGCCCCACUCCCCCGCCCGCGAAACUGACAGACAGAACAACAAAGAAGAUGAUCGGUCCCUUGCCCUCCUGGACUCCACACCUCCCCCGACUCCUCGUGCGCUGCGAUUGGACAGGAUGACCCUCACCCACCCGGGGGCGAUGCUCGAUGACCCCCGGGAGUUUCGCAGUCUCUCAGCAGAUGGCAGCAGCUCCAACAGUAGCCAGGAUUCGCUGCACAAGGCCAGUAAGAAGAAAAGCAUAAAGUCUUCCAUCGGUCGGCUUUUUGGAAAGAAGGAGAAGGGAAGGAUGGGCCAACCUGGGCGGGAUGGAUCUGUCUCUCUCGCGUCUACACCUUCUGAAGACCUGGCCUCUGGAGACCCCAUGGGCAUGAACAAGACCGGGACUUUGGGACCAGCAGAUAAAGACCGCCGCAGCAAGAAGAAGCACGAGCUACUGGAGGAAGCAUGUCGCCAAGGCCUUCCCUUUGCAUCUUGGGAUGGCCCCACUGUCGUCUCUUGGUUGGAGUUGUGGGUGGGAAUGCCCGCCUGGUAUGUCGCCGCCUGUCGCGCCAACGUGAAGAGCGGCGCAAUCAUGGCCAACCUGUCGGACACAGAGAUCCAGAGGGAGAUCGGCAUCAGCAACCCGCUGCACCGCCUCAAACUCCGACUGGCCAUCCAGGAGAUGGUGUCGCUCACGAGCCCCUCUGCCCCGGCCAGCACUCGCUCUUCGACAAGCAACGUGUGGAUGACCCACGCAGAGAUGGAGUCGCUGAACGCCGCCACCAAGCCGCCGGAGCUGAAAGAGUUCAGCUGGGAUCAGAUCUUGGCCUAUGGCGAUAUGAAUCAUGAGUGGGUGGGUAACGACUGGCUGCCCAGCCUGGGCCUGCCGCAGUAUCGCAGCUACUUCAUGGAGUCCCUGGUGGACGCCCGCAUGUUGGACCACCUGACCAAGAAGGAGCUGAGAGGACAGCUCAAGAUGGUGGACAGCUUCCACAGGGUCAGCUUGCAUUACGGCAUCAUGUGCCUGAAGCGCUUGAACUACGAUCGCAAGGAGCUGGAGAGGCGGAGAGAGGAUAGCGCCCACCAGAACAAAGAUGUGAUGGUGUGGUCCAACGAGCGCGUGAUGUGUUGGGUGCAGACGAUCGGGCUGAAGGAGUACGCCGACAACCUCAGCGAGAGCGGCGUCCACGGGGCCCUGCUGGCUCUGGACGACACCUUCGACUACACCGACCUGGCCCUGCUGCUGCAGAUACCCAAUCAGAACACGCAGGCCAGGCAGCUCCUGGAGCAGGAGUACAACUCCUUGAUCUCCAUGGGAACCGAGAGACGACCUGAUGAGGAUGGAACUAAGACGUUCACCCGCUCGCCCUCCUGGAGGAAGAUGUUUAGGGAGAAGGACCUGCGGGGCGUGACCUCUGACUCCGCCGAGACCCUGCCUGCUAAUUUCCGUGCCUCAGCCAUCUCCACGCCCUCCGUGACCCUGAGAAAGGUUCAGAGUGACGCGAACUCUGGUGCCCGGGGUGAAUCUGCCUCAGUGAGGACGUACUCCUGUUGAGGGGGCCGAGGGCACUGACUGGAUUGGGACUAGAGGACCCUCUCGCUCAUCCACGGAGAAAGAAGCAAUGAAUAUAAACCAUUUACUUUUAAAAAUAAAUCUAUCGGUCUGACCAUUCUGCAAUAACCGAAGUAGAGCGUAACGCCGAGAGGAACAAAGGGUGGAAAAUGACAUGAAGAAUGUAUGAAUGUAUUAUCAGACUUCGACGUUUGUAGGAAGGUAGAAUGGGGUCAGCUGUUUUAUCUCUCUCUCUCUCUCCCUCUUCCUGUCACUCUGUCUUUGUUCUCUCUCUCUCUCUCUCUCAAUGUGACUGUGGAGUUAAUAAAGGAUAAUACUGGUGUUUUUAUAAGUUUGUGCCAGUGGUCUAAGGUUCCCCCUCUCCUCCACAUUAUUCCUGGUGGCGUCUGCGUUCGGUCGGCGCGGCUGGAGGGUUUUCAGGGCUCAUUUUCCUCCCUGCAGAAGCCGCACGAUGCCAUUCAUUCAUUCAUUCAUUCUCCUCCUCCUCCUCGCCGCGCGGUAUGACAAACAGCCCUCCGACUCUGAAAAUCGCCCGAGCCCAGACGAUCCAUCACGGCAAACAUGAAGCCUUAAUUGAUUUUGUCAGCGUUUUCUGUAGUAUCGCCGAGCAUUUUCCCUAUCAGCGUCCAUCACCUGACGUCCCGACAGGAGGAAACGCACAGCUCCACCAGGAAAUAAUGCCUCAGAAACAUGUCGGCUUACAAACUUUAUUGUUACAUCCAUGUCUUUUUAAUUUAUUUAUUUAUUUAUUUAUUUUUUUAAAUUUGGGAUUUCUUUGACAGCCUGCGCGGCGGUUAAUCUCAAUCUCGCUCUGCCAUCGUAAAAUUUGCAUUUUAACCAGUUAAACGAUGAGAAAUAUUCUUACAUAAAGCAUGCAUUGCUAAAUGAGUGCUGUCGUGGGGGGGUUGGGUGUGCAAGCUAGACGCAGACAGAGGCAAACGGUCUCUAACUAUAAAUGACACCGGUGUUCUUCCUCCUGCUGAUGAGGCGACUGGUGUCCAGUUUCAGCCAUUGUGGCUCUAUUGUUGCCUUCUAUGGUGCUGUCAGGGGUAUCCCUAAGUGUCCCCAAUUGGUUGGAGCGGUGUAGUAAAACAUGUCCCCAUUCAGGCCACCAUUUUAGCUCCAGCCACAUCAGAGGGACCCAACUCAUUUGUCUAUUGGCACCCUGAAAGCUGAGAGGCUCCUGGCUGAGUAAUCUCUUUUGAAGGGACCCCAUUAUGGAGAUCAAAGGCCACCGUACAGAAGUGGCCGGGACAGGGUGGGAUAUGGAGGCAUUGUGUUCAAUGGGUGUGAUGUCAUUCAGUGGUUAGGAGGGAAUCCAUAAAGUCGGUUUUAACCACAGCGGCCAGGUUACCUCCCGUGGCUCGAAAUUCAAAGUCCUGGCCGGGCCGUCUUGCGAUGCGGUUUAUGACUCGUAGUCAUCAGCUCAGGGUCUUGGGGUGCUCCUGAUGACAGGGCAGGGUGGCGGAGAGAUAAAACAGCGACCCGAAGGGGAGACGGGAUGGACAGAACCCAGUCAUUUUACUGCGCACACACAAGCCAUAACAGAAACCAAGAGCUCUCUGGGGGUGAGGUCAGAGAGAAGCGGGGGAAGAGAGGGGCGAGACGCGAGGAAGUCCAGGAAGAAACCUUUAGCCUCUGUGUUUACGAUGCAUGUCAAACAAACAAGACGACAAUGAAAUAAAACUUUUUUUUUUUUUUUUUUUUUUUUGGUGGUGAAGAUGAU